CGACCAAUGACGACCCAGCAGGGAAGUAUCAGCAGCAUUGAUCUGGUUGUCACCUGUCCAGUGUUUGGUCUUUUUAAAAUCGGUAUAUUCUCUACUGUAACCUUCAGUGGGUGAUCUUUAUGAGUGCAGAGAGACACCAUGUUCCAAGCCAAGCUAGCUUUGAGCACUCUGAAAAGGAUCCACCAUGGAGCUUGUUAUCAAUGUCUUUCUACCUGCUUCAUCCAGAAGGAAGGGAUAAAGGCUGGAGAUGGGCCCCACUCAGACUCCCGUGUGUGGAAGAGAAAGCCUAAGAACCAAUCUGCAAUCUGGUCAUCAAUAAGACUUCUUGAAACACAGCAAAACGGGAGAAGACCGUUCAGUUUAUCAGCUGCUACUAUAGUAAAUUCAGCACCAGUACACAUCCAACCGUACCUCCGGCUGAUGAGGCUGGACAAACCUAUAGGGACAUGGCUGCUGUACCUCCCCUGCACAUGGAGCAUUGCUCUGGCUGCUAACCCUGGAUGCUUCCCAGAUCUGGGCAUGCUCACACUGUUUGGUACAGGCGCUCUUCUCAUGAGAGGGGCCGGCUGCACCAUCAAUGACAUGUGGGACAAAGACUUCGACAAGAAAGUGUCCCGCACAGCCUCUCGACCAAUCGCAUCAGGAGAGAUUUCUCGAAUGCAGGCGCUGGUCUUCCUGGGAGGGCAGCUCUCGCUUGCACUUGGGGUUCUUUUGUGUCUCAACUAUUACAGUAUAGCUCUGGGUGCUGCUUCUUUAUCUCUUGUUAUCACCUACCCGCUGAUGAAGAGGUUCACUUACUGGCCACAGUUUGUGUUGGGACUCACUUUCAACUGGGGCGCUCUGCUCGGCUGGUCCGCUAUUAAAGGCUCUUGUGAUUGGUCCGUGUGUCUCCCGCUAUACUUCUCAGGAGUGAUGUGGACGCUGGUGUAUGACACAAUAUACGCACAUCAGGAUAAGGAGGAUGACAUCAAAGUAGGAGUCAAAUCUACUGCACUGAGGUUCCAGGAGCAAACCAAACCCUGGCUGAGUGGCUUUGUUGUGGCCAUGAUGUCUGGACUAGUGAUAGCUGGGGUCAGUGCUGAACAGACUCUCCCUUACUAUGCUGUACUCACCGCUGUAGCAAUGCACCUGACAAACCAGAUUUACACAUUAGACAUCAACAAACCAGAAGACUGCUGGAAAAAGUUUGUUUCAAACAGAAACCUUGGACUGUUGUUGUUUUUAGGUAUUAUUGCUGGGAAUUUGUGGAAAGAAUAAAGACAGACUCUGAAGAAAUGAACAAGCCUUCAUAUAAUUAGAGACGAUGUUUUAUUACAUUUGUGUGUUUUGUUUUUUAUGAGAAGCACUCUUUUAACAACUUAUUUAUUUUCAAAAACGCCAGUAAAUCUAAAUUGAAAUUGCUGCAAUAAGUUUGACUGACCACCAGGGAGCAGUAUGAUUAAUUUCCUACCUGAUGAAUGUACUGUACGCCAGUGGCCUCAUUACUUUGUUUUGGUCCAUAAAACACAAAAAUAUCUGGGUCUUUGCGCGACAUCCUUCAUGAGUCACUGGUUGACAUUGGUGCUCUUUGUUUUUAUGCUGGGCAGGCAGCAUUUACCCACUUUGCCUGUGCUUAUGUGUCAGAAACCACUUCCAGUUAUUAAUUAUGGGACUUUGGUGAGAGUCGGCAUGUAGAUCUGCAGACUUUACUGGUUCUUUUUAGUGCUUUUGCAGCAUGAGACUGCUCUCACCCAUGAUGUUUCAGUACUCUA